AUGGCCGAUAAACAAACUCAAACCUCACUUUCCUCUCACAAUACGACCUCCUCGGCUCACGAUUCAGCUAGCGUGAGUACUCUCUUUGCUGAUGAUGACACACAUGACUUGGGGGAUAUCUUAGAAAGAAACGAAGGCUUUGCAACAUACACCGAAAGGCCCUCACAGAAGGAACGCAGCAUGAUCCGGCAGGCAAUCCCCCUUCACCUGAACCCGGGAGGCGACUUAUCUAAUAUAUCUGACCAGGGGAAACCCCAGAACUUCCCUGCGUGGAGAAAAUGGCUUAUCACCGUUGUGCUGGGUUUAAUGACAAUUUGUGUGACAUUCGCCUCAUCCGUCUUCAGUACGGCGAGCAGGCCGACAGCGCGAAAGUUCGGCGUCUCUGAAGAAGUAAUGGUCUUAGCCGUCAGUCUGUUUGUCCUAGGCUUCGCCUUUGGCCCCAUCAUCUUCGGACCUCUGUCCGAGUUGUAUGGCCGAAAGCGGCCCUUGUUUCUGGGUAUGUUUAUAUUCUCAAUCUUCCAAAUUCCCUGCGCGGUGGCCCAAAACCUCCAGACAAUCUUUAUAUGUCGCUUCUUCGGCGGCAUCUUUGCCAGUGCGCCUCUUGCAAUUGUGUCGGGUAUCUUGGCCGAUAUGUUCGAGCCUGUAGAGCGAGGUAUUGCCAUUUCCAUCUUCGCCGCAUGCACGUUCAUUGGCCCAGUCGCUGGUCCAGUUGUCGGUGGUUUUGUCACUAUGUCCUUCCUUGGCUGGCGCUGGACGGAGUACAUAACCGCCAUAUGGGCGUUCUCUUUCACUGCCAUCGGUAUCCUACUAAUACCCGAGACUUUUGCUGGGACAAUCCUUACCCAACGGGCCAGGCUCCAGCGCGCCAGGAGCAAUAAUUGGGCUUUCCACGCCAAAGCAGAAGAGAAGGUGGUGAAUUAUGGAGAUAUCGCGACACGCUAUCUCCUGCGUCCAUUUCUGAUGCUAGUCCAGGAACCGAUUCUUCUUCUUGUCACCUUGUACACGGGAUUUAUCUACGCGUUUUUGUACAUUUGUUUCGUGGCCUACCCAAUCUCCUUUCAAGAGGAGCGUGGGUGGAACGAGGGCGUCGGAGCAUUGCCGUUUGCCGGGAUAGUCGUCGGUGUAUUUUGUGGGUGUUUGAUUAUAAUUGGGUUUUCCUUGACGCGUUACCGCAGUAUUCUUCGUCGUACUGGGCGGGUAAAUCCAGAGGAAAGGCUCAUACCGAUGAUCAUUGGUGGUAUCUUGCUACCAGCGGGCAUGUUUUGGUUCGGCUGGACGUCAAAUCCCAAUGUGAUUUGGGUCCCGCAGGUGGUCUCGGGCGGGUUUAUGGGAGCAGGAGUGCUUUUGAUUUUCUUGCAGGGACUCAACUACAUCAUUGAUGUCUAUCCCAUGUAUGCCAACUCGGCGCUCGCCGCCAACUCCUUCUUUCGUUCAUGGCUUGGUGCUGGAUUUCCCUUGUUCGCGAAGCCAAUGUUUCACAAUUUGGGAGUGAAUUGGGCAAUGACUCUCCUUGGUUGUCUUACUGCGGCCCUCUUCCCUGUUCCAAUCAUCUUUUACAUCUACGGUCCAAGGAUACGAACGUGGAGUAAGUUCACUGCACGAGAAUGA